UUCCACAUCUACUUCCUUAGCUUCACCGGAAGUGUGGUGGCUACAAAUAUACCACACGUGUAGCAAUAAUUGGGGUUUUAUGAAACAGAAUUAACAUUUUAGUGUUAGAAUGACUCUUUAAUUAAGAGAAUCUUUCGAUUAAUAGCAAUUUAUGUAAACUCAAACAUCGAUUUAAUCCUAAAUUGAGGAUUGCUUUUGGAUUAAGCUAACUUCUUCCGAGAAUCUGUGGAGCAAUUUUGUCUGGGUUGAAGAGCCAUUGCUAAACAUGGACGACCUGGAGAAUGACCUGAACCUUCGUGAGGGCUUGGAGCGUGAUGAUGAUGACUCUUCUGAUAACGGCUCUAGAAAAGAAGGAAGCUCAUUUAAGUUACCUCAAGUUCAAUCAAUUUGUCAAAAGACUCUACAUGAAACUGGAUUUCACCAGAGCGUCAGGCUGUGUCUGGAGUUCAUCAGAGAAGCCAUGCUUCAUCACAGGUGGCUGGAGGCAGCAGAGUACAUGGCAAGCUAUGCACAAGUGUUGGAGGACAAAGUUAAUCUCACAGCACAACAAUACAAAGAGCUUUUUUGGAGAAUCAGCACUGAGAUUCUUCACCAUCAUCCCAAAUCAACGAUGGAUGACUACAAUGUUAUUUAUGAACGAAUGAAGCAUUCAGGAUUUAAACAUUACCUUAAGAUUUGUUUGGAACAUUCCUUCCACUUAAUGCUUCACGGUCAGAUAGAAACUGCUAAACAGAAACUCUCUGAAGCUGAAAGCUGGAGGCACGGGAAGGAGACCGCAUCCCAGUACCAGAGGACUAAGCUGAUUCAGGCCUACAGGAGUUUGCUGGAUUACAUCAUCUGGUUUGAGAAAAAAUCCAGGCUGCCAGUAAACGAUUCCUUUGAGUCCGACAGCCAAGGAAUGGAGAAUUACUAUCGACAAGCCUCGAUUAAUCUUAAGGAGAUUUUAAAGAACCCCGGUGUUUGGGAUCCUUUCAUCUUAAGUUAUGUUACGAUGCUGGAGUUCAAAGAGGAUCAAGAGCAGGCUCUGGAAGUCCUAAAUAGAUAUGCAUAUGAUGACAGCUUCCCACCCAAUCCCAACGCACACGUCUUUUUGUACCAGUAUUUGAAGCGGCACGAUGCUUCGCAAAAGAAACUAAAAAAAGUGUUAAAGACUCUACAUUUUUUGGUUCCAAGCCACGAGUUGAUGCUGGAGUACAGCUCCCUUCUGCUUCAGUCGGGGACUAAAAAAGAUGACCAGAAAGCUGUGGAGGUUGCUUUGGACAUGCUGGACUUCACCUGCUGGAGGAGCAACCUGGACGUGUGGAAAUGUUUACAGAAAAGCGUCCAGAACCUGCAGACAGAAGAAGACUGGAAAAGCUUCAUCGAUGAGAAGAUGGCUGCCAGAAAGGACUGGUGGCCUGGGCUGCACUACACUAAAUUCCACGCCGUGAAGGACGCCGAUGAGAACCCAGAACUUCUGAAAGUGAAGGCAUCUCUGAUUUCAGUUCUUUGUCCAGAUCGAAUCCUCAAGUACUCUGUGGAAAGCAGUCAAGAAUAAUCUCAAAUAAAAACAAUAUAAAAAGUUUCUUAGAACUUCCAUAAAUGAGGAUUUUUCUACAUGUAUUCCAGUAAUAAUAAGUGGCUCUGAAACAAAUUGUGUUGUGAGUUUUUCACCACUAUGUGGAGAUCUCGCCUCACGUUUCUUGUGACUAAGAGCUGAAUUCUGUCCUCUGAUCAUCAGUGAGCAUCAAACUCUAGAGGAUUUUUUAUUUUUAUAGCCAUUUCAGAAGAGUACUCACUAAUCUCGUCUUUUUUUAUUGAACUUUGAAUUGCUCCUGCUAACAGAAAAUAUAUAUUUGUUUAUGAAAAAAUGAUGUUCUUGCACUUUAAUCUCUCAUCCAGCUGCCUUCCAGUGUGAUAAGUGAACAUGAUGGUGCUGCAUGAGCUGCUCUGCAGUUAUUGCAUAAACCAAAGCCCAAAGCACUUGUCACAGGAGCAGCUGGAGAGGGGUCUGGGAGUCCACAACACAUGUUUGAAAAUGUAAAAUGCAGGACAUGAAGGGACGGAGCAGCCAGGAGCCGCUUUAUUGUGUUUAACGGUCCCGCUUGUGAUGCUUUAGAUAUUUUGUUCAAAGCUUUUGAAUCUGAAUCUGCAGAUGAAUGCUAAAAAUGUUCUCUGAUCCUCCUCAGGUUUAAUGCAGGAUUAAUGUUUUUUUUUUUUAUUCUGCAAAUUAAAAUUCUUUUUAAAUAAAGCUUGUUCAGGAGGA